CAUUAUCACCAACGUGUGUUAGAUGCUGGUGCUGUUCUCGGAGGAGCACAGCUGUACCUUCCAAGUGUCCUAAUGUGGCACCCAAUUCCCUCCUGUGCCAGCCUGUCUUGGCAGAGCUCCGAAUGCCUGGGCUUUGAUUUGCACACAUGGGUCACCCCCUGACAGAUGACAUCCAAUGGUUACCUCCAAACCCAGCAGAUUUGUUUUAUUCUAAGAACAUAGUAAAAAUAUGCGCUCCCAUGGUUCGCUAUUCAAAACUGGCUUUCCGGAGCCUGGUGAGAAAGUAUGGCUGUGAUUUAUGUUACACUCCAAUGAUUGUUGCGGCUGAUUUUGUAAAAUCUGCAAAAGCUCGAGACAGUGAAUUCACAACUAAUCAAGGAGAUCAACCGCUUGUCGUUCAGUUUGCAGCAAAAGAAGCGCAGGUUUUAGCAGAUGCUGCUCGUUUAGUCUGCCCUUUUGCUGGUGGUAUAGAUGUUAACUGCGGCUGUCCUCAGAGGUGGGCAAUGUCUGAAGGUUAUGGAGCUUGCUUAAUAAAUAAACCUGAGCUGGUGAGUGAUAUGGUGAAAACUGUGCGCAAUCAAGUUGAGAACCCAAGCUUUACUGUUUCCAUCAAAAUAAGGAUUCACUCAGACAUAAACCAAACGGUUGACCUAUGUCGGAAGGCCGAAGCGGCUGGUGUGUCCUGGAUCACAGUUCAUGGGAGAUUGACUGAAGAAAGGCAUCAACCUGUGCAUUACGAUUCUAUAAAAAUUAUUAAGGAAAGCUUGUCUAUACCUGUUGUGGCUAAUGGAGACAUUAAAAGCUUAAAAGAAGCUGAAGAUAUUUGUCACGUGACAGGAGCAGAUGGUGUGAUGGCUGCCAGAGGACUCCUUGCUAACCCAGCAAUGUUUGCAGGAUAUGACGAGACUCCACUGACUUGUAUUCAGGACUGGAUUGAAAUAGCAUUGGAACAUGGAACUCCUUUUACAUGCUUUCAUCAUCACUUGAUAUACAUGAUGGAAAGAAUAACUUCAAAACAAGAGAAAAGGGUUUUUAAUGUUUUAUCAAGUACAUCAGCAGUUUUAGAAUAUUUAAAAGAAUAUUAUGGGGUGUGAUCUGUCAUCAAGAUAGCACGUAUCAUAGAAACAGCACUGCGGGAUAUGGAAUUCUUUGAAAUACGGACGCACGCCUUCAUGUGCUGUAGUUUUUAAUCUCACAACUACCAUGUUUUAUGUUAAUUUAUUCCAGUGUCACAUUCCAGUGAACACUUUUAAAAUGUCUAAUAAACAACACUCUUACAGAACAUUCUUUAUGAAAGAAAAA